GUGGUCCGUCCCAUUGUUAGGGAUAUUGGUCCUGGUCACCGUCCACUCCACCGAGCCACCGCCAGAGUCCUGCUCCUGUGCAAAGCGCGCCGCUGCCGCCCCUUGCCGGGGGCACCCGAGCGGUAGAGAGACACUUCGAACCGGCAGGAAGCGAGAAAGAGCGAGAGCGGACGAAAGACAGAGAGGAGCCUUUUGAGGAAGGCUGGAGUGAGUGCGCGACUGGGGCAGUCGGACAGCGAGCAGCCGUGGGGGAUUGCUGGCAGUGGUCGGAGUCGAGCAUGAGCAGCGCAGCAGGCGAGACGCCUCUGAUGCGGUGCGUGUGAGAUAGCACAACACCAAGGCACGUCCCAACGGGUACUCUGGCAGCCACCGCCACAGGCACCGCCUCAGUCACGACGUCAAGCCACCACCACAGGCCUCGAAGCCAUUCGCAGAGAGGCAAAGCGAGCUACCACUGGUCGCAGCUACCACUCAGCUAGCAACCGCCGUUGUUUCGACGAGCUGUGCACUUGUCCCUCCCGAGGGAGGCAGACACGCCCGAGCGGGGCUACUUAUUAGCAGCACUGCGAGCCACCACUGGUGGCAUUUAGUAGUGCUGCUGCCGGCGCUGGGAGUGGACUCCCACUAUUGGCCUUUCACGGAUUGCUACCACUCGCCCAGUACCCAGGCAGGCAGGCGCGGCGUGCGUGACGGCAAGAUGCCGCGCGCGGGCGUCACGAGCGGCGGAGUCAAACGGAGAGCAGCGCCGCCGCUGGCCCGUCUUCACCGCACGCUGCUUCCCACCCGCCGCUUCCUGGACCUCCCGCUCCUACACCUCCCCCUGCUUUCCCUCCUCCUCCUCCUGCUCGCCCCCCAGGGCUCGCGUGCUCAAGUGAUCACAUGCGGUGCCUAUCAGCCGUGCCCUGACAACCUGUGCUGCAGUGGCAGCUGCUGGGAGUGUGGCAGCACAGAGGCUUACUGCGGCGCCAACUGCACCUCCGGUGCAUGCUAUGAUGGCUACUCUGGUCGACCGUCCCCAGCACCAUCCGCUGCACCAGGGUCAUCUCCGUCGCAGUCACCUCCCCCCCCUAAAUCCGGGACCAGCCCUGUUGUGAUAGCAGGCGCCACGGUGGGGGUAAUCUUAGGGCUGCUGCUGCUGGCUCUUGCCGCCUUCUUCUGCUGGCGACGCCACUGGAAUCAGCAGCAGCAGCAGCUGGCGUUGCACGAGGCUGCAGGUGGUGCAGGCGUGGGGGCUAGAGGAGCAGGAGGCCUGAGCAUGAAGAAGAGCAGCAAGGGGGCGAAGGUGGUGGCGGUGUGUCGGGAGUUCCCACUGAAGCAGCUGGAGAAGGCCACCGGCAAUUGGGCGGAGGAGAAUCUGAUUGGCAGUGGGGCGUUUGGCGAUGUGUACCGAGGGGUGAGCGCGCGGGACGGGGAGGUGUGGGCGGUGAAGCGCGCGAAGCUGCUGUCCAACGACUUCCACACGGAGGUGGCAGCCAUGGCGUCCAAGCACCACUCGCACCUGGUGCGCCUGCUGGGCUUCUGCGUGUGCUACGGCUCCUCCAACCGCCGCAUGGAGCAGAUCCUUGUCUACGAGUUCAUGCCGCACGGGGACCUCGACAGGUGGAUCGACAAAGACGCCCCUCGUCCCCUGAGCAUGCGCGAGCGCAUGAGCAUACUGAUGGGGGUGGGUGCGGGCUUGCAGUACCUGCACUCAUUCAACAUGGUGCAUCGCGACAUCAAGCCCGCCAACAUUCUCCUGGACGCCAACAUGCAAGCCAAGGUGGCGGACUUUGGCCUCGUGCGGUGCGGCGAGGGCACCACGGUCAUGGCAACGCGCGUCAUGGGGUCGCCGGGCUACAUGGACCCUGCCUAUGUCAGAUCGCAGAAGGCCACUCCCGCUGUUGAUGUGUACAGCUUCGGCGUGGUGAUGCUGGCGGUGAUCACGGGGAGGAAGGCAACGGAGGUCGAGGAGGGCAAGGAGGAGAGUCCAUUCAACCUGAAGCUGUGGGUGGCAGAGCUGGUGGAGCUGGACAACGUGGCGGCGUUCAGGGACCCCACCCUGGACGGCCCAUCGGACGACCUCCUCCUCGCAUUGGCGCACCUCGCCCUCUCCUGCACCAACAUGCGCACCGCUGCUCGGCCCACCAUGGUCCAGGUGCUCGCACAGCUGCAGGCGCUCAAAGACCGGUACCUGGUCACCGCACCAAACAGGAUGGCCCUGAGAAUCGACGAGGAUGUGGAAACUGGCAUGGUGGAUUCAGAUCUGGAAACAGCGUUGGCGUAUGCAGAAGGAGCAUCACAAUCAGCUUCAUGGCUACCUGUGAAAUAGAUAUUUGUUUAUACAAGGGGUGCAAGAUUGGCUUGGGGACUGGGCCCACAAUCGGCAUCACAUUUUUACUCCAAGGGGUGCAAGAUUGGCUCGGGGUCGGUGGUUGACACGGGAUGGAAUUUCGUUGAUGUUCGCAGCCAGGCCCCCAAAUCGGCCUGAUUCAUCAGACUUGCCUCCCAUCCCUUGGUAUGGCCAUCAGACUCGCCUCUGAAAAAAGGUAUGAAAAAUCAGAGUAGCAAUAGUUUUUUUGUAUGAUCAAUCAGAGUCACUAAUUUGUUUUACGCUAAAAUUGCAGUACACCACGCGUCAAUAAAUGUCCUGCAAAUCCCCCU